AUGGCUCAAGUCCUCGUCGUCUACCCCUCCGGUCCUUCUUUUGACCUGGAUUAUUAUCUCACAAAGCACAUGCCUCUCGUCGCAUCCAAAUGGGGUUCCUACGGUCUCAAGAACUACAAGAUCAUUACCUUCCAGGAGGGUGCGCCCUUCCAGAUCCAGGCUACUCUUGAGUGGGAGAGCCUCGAGGUGUUUGAGAAGGCUGCCGCUAGCGAGGCUGCCGCUGCUGUCUUUGGUGAUAUCAAGAACUUCUAUGAUGGAAACCCCGUGCUGCUGAAGGGACCUGUCGUUGCCAGCGAGACUGUUGCGUCAUCGUAA